AUGGAGACGUGCUGUGCAACCGCCCAGCGGAGUCCAGCUCCGGCGGCACCGCAGCGCGACGUCAGCGCUCAGAGGGCGCUGGGAUCAGGAAAGACGACGGCGCUCAGAGGGCAUCGUCUCGUCUGGCAGCGCUCAGAGGGCGCUGGGAUCAGGAAAGACGGGGCGGCAUCGUCUCGUCUGGCAGCAUUGGUCUGUCUGGGACUCGUUGAAUCAAAGUUGGCUUUCUACCACAGCAGCUAG